AUGAAGAGUUCUGCUCUCCUUUUCCUCAUUGUCAUCUGUGGCAUGGGAGGACUGGGACAGAAGCUGAAGCCAAAGAAGAGAAGCAAUGGUGAAGAAAUCAAAUUUCGGACUAAAACCAAAGAUGUUUGCACAAUAACCAUGAGUGGCGACGACGAGGAGAUGAAACUUAGAAUUGAAUGCAAAAGCCAAGGCUUGUCCUACUGGUGUGAAUUCACUGGCAAGCCAUCAGUCUGUCGUGCUUUCAGAAAUAAUCCAAAGAUUUACUGGAAUCAGAUCGCCGCAGAGCUCAGAAAGAUCCCGCAUGCUUGCGAAUCCAUGGAAGUGUUGAAGACCACCAUGUGCCAAAAGGCUCCCCCAGAGGCUCUCAUGAGGCAAAUAGCUGCUGGUGUGGAGCCAGAAGAUCUAGACCAGGAAAAAUCAGUCCAGAAAGCUUCCAUUCCUAUGGGAGAAGCAGGGCAAAACUCUGACCUAACCCAACACGGUCAAGUUUCUGAAAAUGAAACAGAAGCAAUGAAACUGGCACGGGAACACUGCUGGGAAUCUCUGCAUGGUGUCUGCUCCUACAUCAUUGGCAUCCUUAGGGGUUAA